AUGGAUUCCUCAGUGAAAUAUUUCCAGAGCAAUUGUGUCCAGCCAGGUGCUCUGCCGAAACGGGCAAGCUUUGUCGCUGGUGGUGUUACAAACAAGGCGGGCUGUGUCGCUGAUGGUAGUACAAAUGGGCCAGGAGGUAUUGUGAAUGCAGGGAUAGAAGGUCAACUCCUCCAAUUGCCACAUGAUGGACGCCGAUGCCUGAGAAGGAGCCUCGAGGUCACAAACCCACCUAGAUCCCAACUCAAGAACCUGUUGCCCGGAAUUAAGACCCAAUGCCGACGUCAUGAUAUGCCCCUUCACCAAUCCUGCACGAUAGUCAUUCUUGUUGGUGAGCAUCUCAUCCUUUAA